UAUGCACUAUUAAUAAGCGAAUACCUCAGGAAAAUGAUAGUCAGAAAUCCAAGCGCUUUCGUCAUUACUCAGGCAUUGUCAAGGAGCUAAUGAAGUAAUUGGAGAGAAAGGUCUCAGGUACAAAACAAGAUCAAGAAUACCAGAUGGUUAAUUGUCAAAAGGGUAAAAAUUAGAAAAGAUAAUCCAGGAUUAUCGGAUAUCACACGGUCACAAACCUAAACAGAUUUGACCCUAACCGAAAUUACAAAGUAUCUUUACAGUCCAAAACAUGUAAAAACUGAAAAUAUUAAUUUUGUUUCUUAUAUUUAUCUACAACUUUUUUCAUUAUGAAAGCAUCAAGUUUAAAUAAACCAAGACUUAAAUUUAGAACAUUUCUAUUAUUUGACUUGAUGAAACAAGAUUCAAUGAUAUUCCUUUUAACUGUGUCAUAACAUGGGAUUAAGGCUCUUACUUGACUCUAUAUAGUUAAUAGGAUGGUCUAAAUCUCUCAUAUGUAUGAAUAAUGCAUUCGAUAUUUGCCCAGUUCUCACAGAAUAUUGAUGCUGUUUGAGACGUUGUGAAAGAGAUUUACCGGUUCAGAUGUAGGUAUUCAAACAAAAUGACAUUGUAAUUAUACUCAUAGCUAUCACUGCAAUGAUUAUAAUGACGCAGGGAGCACUCAUGAACUGCCGACCUACUUGUAUGCUUCACUUAUAUCUAAAGAAUCAUAAUAAUGCAACAAGCAACGUCCUUAUCCAUUAAGUUACUUCCUGUGAAUAGCAUUCUUUCCGUACUCACCCCCUCUCCUCCUAUCCCAUUCCAUCAUACUACAUCCCUCACAAUCUACGCCUAAUCGUCUUAUGUGCAGACGAACCACGGUAUAGAACUAGAUAUUAUCUGGACCGCGCAACGAACAUUCUUAUUACACAAGUGCGACGGCGCCGCUGAUUCGGGCACUGAAGUAAUGUGCAAUUUGGCGACUGGUGGGUCGCAUAACUGAAAUCUAUAUGAAACAAAACCAAAUGGAUGUAUGUGAAAAGACAAAUACAGAAGAGUGAACUGAACUGACCACUAUUAUUGCAAUCCCGUUAGACCCCAAUUAAAGAGGGUAAUAAGUAUCCCACAAGUAUGAUGAUGUCCAAGAGUAAGAUGACGUGCGAUUAUUUACCAUAAGGGGAACAUCAAAUAGAAGGAAUACAAAGGAAAUUUUUUUCUCUCUCUCGUAAAUGACUUUACAUUGCAGUUUCGAAUCCUUCAGAGAAAUCAUCCAGAGUUCCAUAUUGAUUGUGAAUCAUUUUACACCACAGUCCGUUCGCAAUUUAUCCUUCAUCUGGCAGCACUCCCCAUUAAGCUGGGGCAGUUGGUUGCCGAGAGAGUUGAUAUUUUCUAGUACUAGUCACAGUUCACAGGGUGCAGCGUACAAAUACACUAAGACGCCACUGAGAUGACUGAGGAAAUACCACUGGCCAGCGGUCACCUUGGACGAUGUCUUCACGGCAAGAAAGCAGAAGACCAGAAGCGGAUGUGGAGAGGUAUAACAAGCGGGUUAGUUCGCCUGCAUCCCGACAGAUGGCUUUAUCCUUCAGAUUAUCUACGUUUUGCAAACAGUAUUUACAAUUUUAAGUUCAGGACGGACGACGUGCUGGUGAUGACGUGGCCCAAAUGCGGCACAUCAUGGGUGCAGGAGAUAAUAUGGACCAUGAAGAACAACCCAAAUCUGGACAAUCCAGAGCAAUCUACGGCAAUCAGCAUGAGAGUCCCUUUCUUGGACAAAUUUUCCAUUCCAGUUGUGAUAUGUUCCUUCAAUCCGAAUUCCUCCCUCCUCCCAGCGAGGACUCGUGUGCUGCAAAGUAUUUCUCAAGAAUGUGUCCGGGGAAAGACCCCAGUGACGGCAACACCGAAACCGAGGGCAAUCAAGACCCACUUGCCCUUUUCUCUCUUUGGGCCCUCGUUGAUUGACACGUCAAAGGUCAUAUACAUGGCGAGGCACCCCAAAGACAUCGUGAUAUCCUACUACCAUCACGUAUGUCUUUUCAAAUCCAUGAGCUACUCCGGAACCUUCGAUCAGUUUUUUGAGGCCUUCAUCAACGACGACUUGGUCUACGGACCCUACUGGCUGCACUUGAAAGAGGCGUGGGAGAAGCGAGACCAUGACAAUCUCCACUUCAUGCUCUACGAAGACUUAAAAGCAAAUCCCCUCCGGGAGCUGAGAAACCUGGACACAUUCCUUAGCACUGGACUUUCAGCUGACCAGCUCGAAAAGAUAUGCAACUACACGCACUUCGAUCAGAUGAAACAAAGAAACAACCUCUGGGAAGACAUCGGCAUAGAGGACAAUGUCUACAACAAAGACUUUGCAAAGGAACACGGAGGCUUCUUUAGAAAAGGUGAAAGCAACUCUUGGCAAUCGAGACUGACUCCUGAACAGAACCAGAAGAUGGAUGACUGGAUUGCUAAGAACCUAACCCCUCUUGGAAUUGAAUUCAGAGGGCAAGGAGUUUAAUGGAAUUGCAAAACCUUCUUUGUCCAGCAAAAGUUAAUGAACAAAGUAUCAAAAAAUAAAGUCAAGCUGUUAGUGAAUUUAAACUGGUUCAAAUGAGAAACUUCAGAACAGCUGUUUGCAUUUACACCACAAAACAACUACCAGCGAGUAGAAUUAUUCACUGACAUUCUCAGAUACCGGUACUUCAUCAUACUUGCGUAAGAGUUUGUCACAUGACUUUCUCAUACUUCUUCACUGUUCAACAAAAUUAAUGGCAUUCAGUAUGUUGAUUCCAUACUAACACAUACGUGAUGAAAUCAUCUACACAGCUGGUACAUCGUUAUUGUAAUGUGCAAUGCCAUUCAUUUUCUCUCUUGCUACGGCAUGUUCUAAAUUAAAAUUUCGUAAUUUGUGGGCAAUGUAGAUAAUUAUAUGCAGUUACUCAAAAUAAUAUAUAAUUAACUUUAGCUUUGCAUAACUGAUACCAUUGCCGAACUACUACUUAGUCAAAACUGCUUUUGUCAGUUUUCUAUGGUAAUACCAAAGGCAGAGUUGCUUUUAUCAUACUCUUUAGGUUAAAAUACUUGCAUAUUUACUGUAUUUUAGACUAAAUUACCAAUUAUAGCUAAGAGCCACGGGAUACUUGUUUUGAUCGUUGUCCUCUUAAUACCGAAUAGAUUGGAAAGCCAACUUUUCUCUUGCGUUCAAUUUGUACUUGAAUCACGGUUCAACUUAACUAUCAGCACGCUUACAGUUCAACUUAACUAUCAGCACGCUUACAAUGUUAAUCCUAAAUAUUCUGGAUAAUCUUGCAACAAUUUUUAAGACUAGUCUCAUAUUACUUGUAAAAUUUAAGAAUAAAGGCACCAACCAUGAUUUAACCAUGUGUAGCCAUCUCCCAGACUUUCCUUCAGAAAACAUCAAAUAAAGAGGAUAGCCUAUCAACUCUUUCAAUGUUA